UACUGGCAGUGACAUCGUCUCUGGACUCCGUUUGCUCUUUUAAUUCACAGCAGAUGUGUGACGACUGAAGUUUCGUGAAACACAUGAGCGCGUUUUGAGAGAGUUUGUACACUACAUAUUUUAGGUUUUCACGUAUCAUAAAGUAAAAGUGUAUUUCUGUAGCUGGUGUGUUUAUUUUCUCAGAUGAGCGAAUCUCUGCAGACGGUUCUGUGUUUGUGUAAUGGCGCGGUUCCUCCAGCAGGCGGCGCUCCGCGGCUCAUCGAACAGCCACCGCCGCUUUAAGAGCAGCUCUGUCUUAUUUUGGAGGCAUUUAUGUAAUUCAAGUAUAAAUCAAACAUUAUAAUCACACAAAUCCGUGCAAAUACAGAAUAACACUGUUGUUUAUUAUUCUUAUUCCUAUUGUCAUAAAGAUCCUUAUGAGUUAAUCAUUAUUAUCUGAAAAUCAACAGGAACAGUGGCGUCUCUUUCUGGAUAAUAAUUACACUGAAUAAUGUCGCUUUAAUUGAAGAUACACACUGUUUGUGUGUUUUUUUCUGUUCAGUGAGUCGCUGAGCUCCGCCCACUCUCACACUGGUCAGGUUGAUUGACAUUCCACUCUGUUCUGUUUCUGUGGUUCUGAUCUAAAAAUGACAUCAUGAUCCCGAGCGAAGAAAGAGGCGGAGCCCGAACUCACACACACACACGCACGCGCACACGCACGCACGCACACACACUCUCUCUCUCCUCCGGUCGGUCAGGGAUGGUCGCGGCGGUGUGCUGCUGCAGUUCGGUCGGAUUUCCCGGUACCGAUGGUGUUUGUGUCGGGAUGUGAGCUCGGCUUCGGUUCCGUCAUGUUUGAUGCCAGUGUUUGGCGGAUCCGGAGCAUCCGGGACUCUGUGAGACUCGAGAUCAGCGACGAACCGAGUCCUGCGGUGCUGAACCGAUUCACACAUCUGGAUCCGGACACUCCUUACCUGGAGAAUGCGAGUCAGGAGAUCGGCGAGGAGGUGGAGGACGGCGCCGUGUUCAGCAUCACGCUGAGGAAGGUUCAGAUGUACCAGUCGUCCAGUAAGAGUCAGCGCUGGUUGGGCGUGGAUUCGGACUCGGGCCUCAGUCUGUACGAGACCUGUAAGCUGCGCACCAUUAAAGCGGGAACGCUGGAGCGGCUGGUGGAGUACAUGGUCACGGCCUUCAGAGGAAACGACUCCACCUACGUCACCAUCUUCCUGUGCACCUACAGGACCUUCGCCACCACCAAACAAGUGCUGGACCUGCUGCUCAACAGAUACGCCAAACUGCAGCCGGGCGCCGAAGCGCGCAGAAUGACCCCCGAUGAGCGAACGGAGCUCAGGAACACCGUCUCCUCUAUCCUGGGCGCCUGGUUGGAUCAGUACUCUGAAGACUUCUGGAAGCCUCCGGACUACAGCUGCCUGAGACGCCUCAUCCACUACCUGCAGCUCAACUUCCCGGGGUCGGAUCUGGAGCGACGGGCCUGUAACCUGCUGAGCCAGUUCCACCGCAGACUCCAGCAGGAAUCGGACCAGGACGUGCUGGAUCAGGGCUGCUGUGCGUUCGCUCUGCUGGAGGAGAACGGAUUCGAAGAAGAUCGACCUGAUUUCCUGAGCUUUGACCCCACUGUGGUGGCCGAGCAGUUCACGCUGAUGGACGCAGAGCUGUUCAAGCGGGUGGUGCCGUAUCACUGUCUGGGAAGCAUCUGGUCUCAGAGAGAUAAGAAAGGAAAGGAACAUCUGGCGCCGACCAUCAGAGCCACGGUCAGCCAGUUCAACCGCGUCACCAACUGCGUCAUUUCCACCUGCCUCAGCGACCGGACGCUCAAGCCCGCCCAGAGGGCCCGGAUCCUGGAGCACUGGAUCCAAGUGGCCAGAGAAUGUCGGAUCUUGAAGAACUUCUCGUCUCUUCGUGCGAUUCUGUCGGCGCUGCAGUGUAACCCGGUCCACCGGCUCAAGAAAACGUGGGACGAAGUGUCACGAGAAAACAUUCGCAUCUUCCAGGAGCUGUCAGAGAUAUUCUCUGAUGAGAACAACCACUCGCUGAGCCGAGAACUGCUGAUAAAGGAGGGAACGUCCAAAUUUGCCACUCUGGAGAUCAACCCUAAGCGAGCGCAGAAGCGACAGCAGCCGCAGAGAGAUCUGACUGUGAUGCAGGGGACGAUUCCGUACCUGGGAACUUUCCUGACGGAUCUGGUCAUGAUGGACACGGCCAUGAAAGACUAUCUGGACGGAGGCCUGAUCAACUUCGAGAAGAGAAGGAAGGAGUUUGAGGUCAUCGCUCAGAUUAAGUUGUUACAGCUGGCGUGCAACAAUUAUAAUUUCCAGCGCGUGGCGGGGUUCAGCGCGUGGCUCUCCAGUGUGGAGAAGCUCUCGGAGGCCGAGAGCUACAGUCAGUCGUGUGAGAUCGAGCCGCUCUCUGAAUCGGCCUCCAACACGCUGAGAGCCAAGAAGAGCUCAGGAAUCAUGAAGAGAUGGAGCGAUCGUCAGCCGGUGGGUUCGGGUGAAGCCGGUUGCAGCAGUUCUGGCAGUUCUCAUUCAAAGUCUUUCGAUCAGCUGCGUUUCCCGCCGUGUCUGAGCGGCUCGGUGGGCGACGGCUGCGACUCUCUCAGCGUGACGUCGGCGGGGUCCAGCAGCUCUGACGUGGAGGAGGUCAACAUUAGCUUCAUCUCUGAUUCACCAGACGCUCUGGAGAGGAAGACCUCCACGCCCUUCGUAAAACAUUCCAAUUCUACCUUAGGGAAGUGCGGCCCUACGGGAGACCUGAUACCCACGUUCUGGGAGUCCACGUCUCUCUCGUCUCUGGACGCGUCGGGUCUCGGCUCAGGUUCUGGCUCCAGUAGUGCCUCCUCGUCUUCGGUGUCGUCCACACCGGUCACCGCGUCCCGCUCGCACAAACGCUCCGUCUCCGGCGUGUCCAGUUACUCGUCUCUCUCUCUGCCGCUUUACAACCAGCAGGUGGACGACUGCUGCAUCAUCAGAGUCAGCCUGGACGUGGACAAUGGAAACAUGUACAAGAGCAUACUGGUCACCAGUCAGGAUAAGACUCCUGCGGUCGUGAGGAAAGCCAUGGUCAAACACAACCUGGACCGCGAGCGAGCCGAGGAUUACGAACUGGUGCAGAAAAUCAGUGAGGAAAAGGAGCUGAAGAUUCCCGACAACGCCAAUGUUUUUUACGCCAUGAACUCCGCAGCCAACUAUGACUUUGUCUUGAAGAAGAGAGGUUUCCCGCGAGCAGGCCGAACCAAGCACGUGGCCAGCUCCACGCUGCCUCGAAUGAAGCAGAAAGGUCUUAAAAUCGCCAAGGGAAUCUUCUGAAUUCCCAAACUCUUGUUGUGUCAGUACAGCAGGAGCUGGAUUUUGUUGUGAAUCGGCAGAACUGUUUGCCUCCGCCUGGACUUUGCAAAGGCGUCUUCAGGGGAUCGGCAGGACCGCGGCGAAACUCUCUCCCUGAGAGGCGAUCUGUAUGUUUACAGUCAUUCCCGGAUCUCCGUACCCGCUCUCGGCGUCAGCGUUCGUCUCUAACGUCAGGUGCGGGUCGCAGGACUGAUCCCCAAUCGGACGGAGAUCUGCUGUGCCAUGAACUACGGUACCAGAAUGCCACUGUCCUCUUUCACAUGACGGUGCGGCCAUCUGGCUGAUCACACGACAGGAAGAGAGCGCACGCGUUCGCCAGAACGUCACACGCUUCACUGUUUCUGCUCUUUACUACCACGGUGGUGCUCAGGCCGAUUAAACGUCUCUCUCUUCUUCUGUUUCAUGUUUUAAUUUCUCACACGUUCAGAGACGCCGAAUGACUCUGUCGUUGGUUUUGUUGAUAAAAGUAAGAUGUCGUAAUUUGAAAGCAAAUCAUUUUCUUGCCACUACAAGUGCUCAUUUUGGAGGACUCCGUCCGUUUCUGACAUGAUUUUCUGUGAGUCUUUUUCUAGUAUAACAGCGCAGUCGCUCACUGUGACGCUCGACUUCAGUAUCUCAGAGAUCACGCGUGCUCCGGCGUCUUCGGUCCUAUCAGCAGUCGCUACUCGUUCACGUGAAGCGGCUCAAAACAUCUCAUUGUCGUAUCGCCAGUUUCUGUUUGCGGUUGCUUCGUUCUGCACAUUGAUGCGUGAAACCCCUUUGUGAAAUGCGACAGUAGCGUUUGAGAUUAAAAUGAGAUGCUACAGGGUUUCAGGAUUUAAGGUUUUUGAGUGUUGUCAGACAUUGGCUGUAGUCGUGACGAACCUGCGCUGAGACUGGAAGAAGAGAGAAACAACAUUAGAAAUGCAACUGCACAUAACAUGAGAAAUGAACAUGUGAUGAGAGUUUGUUUUGUUGUACCUGUAGUUCAGUGGUGGUUCAUGACCGAACGCACAGACUUCACAAAGCUGGGUGACACGGACCUGCCAUAUUUCCCGACCCCAGAUCCUUUGUACGUGACCGUAUGAGUGUGUGUGUGCGCAUGUGCUUGCUACACGUUUUAAUGUCUGUGUACGUGUGUUCAUGUCUUGUGUUUUAAGACAACAGAUCCAAAAGGGCCAAAGAUCUCUGCGCUUUUUUUCAGAAGCGUCUCAGUCCGGUGAGGUCAGCACUGCCUGUUCAGGAAAAUCAACCAUUUCCCAAGAUCUCUCAGAUCAGAGUGAAAUACCACAGAUAUCUGGUGCCAUUUGUCUUUUUCACUGUCAAAAAAUGUUUAAGAAAAAAGAGAGAUUUUAUUAUAACAACUCACACGCUCUGGUUUUGUAUGUUCUUUUUUGUAAUUUUUGUACAAUAUGAAUUGUCCUUUGUACUUUUGCCUUUCUUUUGGUUCGUGUGCGUGCGUGCGUGUAUGUGUAUUUAUUGAUUUGUAAAUACUUUUUGUAGCAUUGUACAUUUAGUUUCUUUUCCCAUGUAAUUAUGAAUUAAUAUGUAAAUAUGAAUAUAUCUAUGCGAAGUUUAUACCACUGCAAAUAAGGGAUUGUGUUUCUUUUCAGCUCUGUUGACUUUGGGUUUUCUGUUCGUCUCGUCUUUUUUCAUGGUUUAAAUUUGAUAUUAUUUUUUCCUUAUGAUGCACUGUUUCUAAUAUUGGUGAAAACAACUAAUAAACACAUGCAGUGCGA